GGGGGGGGUCUCAGUCAGCACAAUAAGGAAAGCCAGUCUCAGUUCAGUACAAUAAAGGAAGCCAGACAACUGUGUGCAGGUCCACGGUGAAGGUCCACAUACACUAGCUGACAGCUGCCAGGGGACGGGGCAUGCCAGCCACCCACUAAAGACGAUAUGGGUGGGUGUGUCCCAGGUAGACACCUGGGACACACCCAGGCCAGGGCAUCAGUGACUUGCCAACAGCCCUGUCUCAUAAACGUCACGCCGGGCACAGCACGCCUGAUGGAAGCAGAGCACAUCUGCAGGAGCACAGACCGCCUUCGCUGCAGCGGGUACACUGAGAACUACAGACGCCGCUAAGACAGAACCUGACCACAGAGAGGGCGCUGCGAGUGGAAUGACUGGGGACUGAACACAGAAUGCUCAGGUGCAACGGGAGCGGCUGGAAGAUGCUGGCUGUGCUGGAGACACUGGCCUGGGACGGCAGCAGUCUCCAGGACAACGGCCUGCAGUACCUGGCCAUCAUGGUGUUCAAGGUGUGGCUGAACGCGUGCUGCCUGGCGUUCUGUGGCCGGAGUCUGCGGCGCUCCCUGGUGGGGGUCUGCGGUAUCUCCCUGUGCCUGGCAGACGCCCUGCUGCUCGCCGCCAUGGCGGGCUCCUGGGCCCUCAGGGGCCGCGUCGGCGCCUCCGCCUCUCUGUGCUUCGCCAUGUCCCACGUCUCCACCGUCUACUCCCUGCUCCCCGUCCCGUUCCUGCUGCUGGGGGCCCUGGACUACGCCGGCAGCCUGGUCCACGGAGGGCACAGCGGCCGCCCCCUCACCCCCGGCAGGGCCCUCUGCUACUGCACGCAGGUGCUGUCCGUCUGGGCCCUGGCUGGCCUCUACUCCUACCGCUGCACCAUCAGCCAGGCCAUCAGAGUCAGUGAGCAGGAGCAGACUGAGCUGGUCUGCAUGGUGCAGUACUCUUCUGUGGUGACCUACUUCUGCACAGGGCUGUGCCUGGCUGUGCCCUGUGUGCUGCUCUUCUACUGCCACAGGGAGCCCAGGCUCUUUAAGGCAGUGUUAGCGUGUCCCAGGCAGUGUGUUUGCGCUCCCUUGCCCGCGCCAUGGAGGAAAGUGCCCUUCGGUCCCGCACCGCUGAGGGGGCACCGGGAGGCACAGCAGGAGGGCCGGCCAGACGUUCCCCUCCUCCUGAGCCUCACCCUGGGGUUCGCCUGGACCUGGGCCCCAUACCUGGUGCUGAACACGGUCGCCAUGCUCCUCAACAUGGCCGUUCCUUCUCACCUGACCGUCAACGUCAUGUGGCUGCUGUGCGCCAACAGCCUCCUGACCGGAGCCACGCUCUGGUACAGGAGAAAGGAGGCGGGGCCCUGCGGCGACCUCCUCGGCGACACCUGCGCAUGGAGCCACUACUGGCACCAUGGCAACGGAGGGGUGGAAACCAGCCUCCAGGAGAAGCUGCCCCAUGACAUCUACACCCUGUCUGACAGCAGCACCACUGAAAGGCUCCUGCCUAUCUGACGCGAACACUGCAUAUAAGAUUAUCCAUGUUGCUGACCCAAAAAAUCUGCUAAAUUGUAAACCAGUUUUGAUUCUUGCCAAUGACAAUAAAUAUUAAAAUUCACU